ACCCCGUCUCCAGCCUGUGAGGCCUGAGUGUAAGGAUGUGUGAAGUGACCAUGUGUGUAGAAAAACUUGUCUUUCUCAGCGAUCACCCCCGUCUAAAGAGUCACUGAAACUUGCUAGACGCGAGCGUGCGGAACAACUACAGGAAGGAGGUGAACUCAGUGAUGCCAAUCACCUGGGACCAUCUCACUUCAGCCUUCCUUCCUGUCUCCAUCCUAGAUAAGAGAACGCUACACUUGAGCCGAUGUUUGAAACUGGCUAAGCGAAUUUAAAUAGAGUGAAACGGUGCAUGACUACAGGAACAAUAGUAGAAGCUACAUUAUUUGUACCUCUCAUCACCAGGCAGUAUGCUCUUUACACAUUUUACUUGACACGUUUUCUUUUAUCUUUUGCGUGUGGUGUGUGUGUGCACAUACAUGUGUGCAUGUGUGAAGUGUGGUGUGUUCCUUUACAUAUGUUUUUAUGGACAUACGUGCAAGUGUGUGUAGCGGCUGGAGGCUGACAUCAGGCAUCCUUCUCAGUUGCUCCUCAACCUUAUUGUUUUUAAACAGGAUCUCUCACUGAACCUGCAGCUCACUGAUUGGCUAGACUAUCUGACCAGUGAGCUCCAGGGAUCCUCUCCAGGGAUCCUCCUGCCCUACCACUCCCAGCAAUGGGAUAACAGGUGCAUGCCACUGUCCUGGGUGUUUGAAGGAGGUUUUUGGGAUCUGAACUCACAUCUGCAAUGUUAUUUCAUUAUACCUGGACAACAAGCACUCUCCUGGCUGAGCCAUCUUCCCAGCCCCUCAUUUAACCUUAGUACCCACCCAAAGUACUAAAAUAUAUUUCACACAUAAAUGCAAAGAAGUUAUUUCCUUUCUACUUCUAUGAAUAGACGUUGAGAUCUGAAGAGCUUUCUCUAAAACCUUUACUGUGUGCAGCAAUAGUCAUUGCUAAUGACUGUUUACUUAACCAAAAGUUGCUUAGUUCCUUAGAGACCAUUAGUGUAAGAAGGAAGACACAGUUCCGUCGAGAUGCGCAUGUGUGUGCAGUGAGUGGGUGCUGAGGAUGGGGGUGAUGAGCCAUCCAAAGUGUGGGAGAUGCUUUCUUCGCUAAAUCAAGACCCACAGAUUGUUAAUGUUUGGGAUUUUAUUCCCAAGUGCUGACAUUUACUUUUGAAUAGCUUUUAAUGAAAGAAUUGAAGACUUUAACCAAAUCUUUAAGUUUAAAGAAUCCAGGACAUUGUGUGUUUGUGUGCAUGUGUGGUGCAGAGUACAAUCUUGUGUGUUCUUCAGAUGCCACUCAUCUUGAGUUUCAAUUUUUUUAUUUUUUUGAGAUUAUGAGACAAUGACAUCAUUUCCUCCUUUUAUUUCUUCUCUCCAAACUCUCUCAUGUGAUUCCACUCACUCUCCCUCAAAUUUGUGGCUUCUCUUUCUUUAGUUGUGUGUGUGUGUGUGUGUGUGUAAAUAUACUGCUCAGUCAGUAUAAUGUUAUGCCUAUGUCUUUAGAGCUGACCAUAUGGUAUUGGAUAACCAAUUACUAUGCUCUUCCCUGGGGAAGACUAUUUCUCCUGCUCUCAGCUUUCCUUUAUCUCAGGUUGUGCCCUCGUGAGCUUUCCCCGUCUCAUGUUAAAAUGUCUUUUGGUGUUGUUUUGUUUUAUUUAGUUUUUGAUUGGCUUGGAGCUUGCCAAAUAGGAUAAACCAGCUUCUUGUGAGCCCCAGGGAUCCACUUGUACCCACCUCGUCAGCAGCGGGAUUACCAGCUUGCACCACCAUGCCUAGCUCUUUUUUAAAGUGGAUUUCAGGGAUUGAACAUGGGUUUUUGUUCUGAGACAGCAAGAACUUUACCAACUGAACUAUUUCCCCAGGCCCUAAUUCAGAACUUUGAAUUCAACUACAUGCGAUUUACUUGUAACCAGCGACAGAGUUCAGUUGUAUUUGAAUAUUAAAAAAAUCACUCACAGGAAACAGUUUAAAUUCAAAGGAAGAUACAUACUGUUAAAUUGUUCUUAUGAUUACAGCCAAUGAAAAUAAAUCUAGAAAUUUGCACACAAAUAAUGAGAUUGUCGAGCUUAAGAGGGGUUUUCAAUCUGGAAAAUUUCCUGUUACCAGUUUUCUUAGUCCAUCUGAGCCACUUUACCAAAAAUGCCACAGGGCGGGAGAAUUAUAAAUAUAGAAGUUUAGUUCACACAGUACCUGAGUCUCGAGAGUCUAAGACCAAUUGCUAACACCAGUGUCUGGUGAAGGCUCUCAUAUUUGGUACUUUGUACAUACCUGCUUUCUGCCCAUGAUGUCUUCUUGCUAUGCUUGCAUAUGGUAAGAAGGAUGAAUGACUCCCGUGGGCCUCGUUUUUAAGGACACUAAUUCCAUGGAUGAGGGCUCCACCCUUACGACUCUUACAAGUUCUUACAUCAGGUUCGGAUUUCAACACAUGAAAGUCAGGGGCAUAAAUGCAUCCAAACCACAGCAGCAAACAAGACCUUUUCUCCAGCCAGGCAGCAUAUUAACCGCCAGGAUCACCUGGAGGAAACCCCAAGAGACGCUUUCUUCAGGAUGCAGCUUAUGAUAAGGUCCACACCAUAGCUGAAGAGUUACUGGAUCGUGCUGAAAAGUGUAAGAGUCUCAGACCACACGAGUCACCUGCUGAGUGCGCUCACCAGUUGAUGACUACCUUCCUCAGCCAUAUUUGCAACAACCAAGGGCUGGUGGGCAGUCACGUGUUCAGUGUCUGCUGUAAGAUGGAAAUUACAGCAAGACUCCAGUGCUUCCUGUCCUCUAAGAAAGUUGAUGCAGACAGCACCAAUGUACCCCUGAUUCCAAGGCCUGAGCUGACCUGUGAGACAGAUGAGAGGAAUCACAUGUCGCUGAAGACAAGGUUCAGCUAUGAAAUUUCUCAAAGGUAUCCAUUCUUAUAUGGACCCACUAUCUUGACCAUGUCUGCUUGCUAUGACACAGCUGUUUGGUCAUGUUGUCAAGAAGAAAAUAAAACCGAGUGCCUGCAGACAAAGCUAGAACCCAUCAGAAGAUACAUUAGAGAAAUAUCUGCGAGACAUCGUCAUUUAUGUGAAAUCAGGAUUAAAUUCGAUGACAAAAUAGUAAGAGCAGUAGAAUUGAUUCUGCUCACUAAAAAGCAACCUAAAGCUAACUUUUCUGAAAUUGCCAAAUUGACCACAGAUAUUAAAAAUCUGCACAAGAUCUGUUGUGAAGGAAACACAGUGGCGUGUGCACUGGGCAGGGACCAGCUUAUGAACUACACCUGCUCUAACCAGGCCAUCUUGUCCAGCAAGUUUGCUCAGUGCUGUGAACAGCCAGAACCAUUCCGUGGGGAAUGCAUUAUCAACUCAGAAAAUGAUGACAAGCCCAGCCUGCCAUCCUUGGCACUCAGAAAGUUUACCGAAGACCAGUCUGCAUGCAAACAAUUCAGUGACAAGCAGGACGACUUUCUACAAGAGUUCCUUUACGAAUAUUCAAGGAGACACCUGGAGUUGGCAGUUCCAGUGAUUUUAAGAAUACUUGCAACAUAUAAACAUUUACUGGAGGAAUGCUGCAAGUUAGGAAACCCUUUGGAAUGCCAUCGCCGAGGGAAAGAGAUGUUCCAAAGAGUGGUCCGUGAAAGCCGUGACCGUGUGAGAACCUACUGUGGCUUACACAGGAUGUUAGGAGGCAGUAACUUCCAGGACAGGCUUACCGUCCUUUAUACUAAGAAAGCCCCACAGCUGUCUGUGCAGGAGUUGGUGGCAUUCACAAGAAAGAUGGCAGCGGCUGCCAGUAGAUGCUGCCCACUAAGCAACGAGCGGCAGUCUGCCUGUGUGGAGGAUGCGGACAAGCUGAUCCUUGGAGCUCUGUGCAGGCGACAUGACGCCGAGCCUGUCAACGCUGGAGUGGGCCGCUGCUGUGACUCCUAUGCCUUCAGGAAGCCCUGCUUUGAUGACCUGCCAGUCGACGGAACUUACGUUCCUCCACCUUUGUCUUGUGACCAAGUCAUCAGCCUUAAGGAGGACUUGUGCCGAGCUCAGGAGGAGGAGCUCCAAACUGAAAAGCAAAAGCUCCUCAGUAACCUCGUGAAGCAGAAGCCACAAGCAGCAGAGGAUGCAUUCCAGGCCAUUGGCGCGGGGUUCACGCAGCUGGUGGAGAUGUGCUGCCACUCAGAAAAGCAGGAAACGUGUUUUCAGGAAGAGGGACCCCAACUGAUCAGGAAGUGCCAGUCCCUCUUAGAGGCUGACGCAUCCCAGAGAGUGCCAAUGUAGGAUCAUCACUGACAUCAGCAACAUGGAAGAUAACAGUCGACCAAGUGGUUUCUCGUCAGCUGUGUUGGAACAGAACGCUUGCCCGUCAACACCAUCUUUCCCUUCCCAUUAACGAAUGGCAUAUUGAAUUCCAGACCAGCCCCUCAGAACUCUACCACCACAAGUUUGCCUCUCAAGAGCAGUGGCAGAGAAAGAAACUCAAAGAGCAUUCAAGGUCUUCAGCCAGUUUAAUGAGCAGCCACAUCUGGCUGGGAACUGGCUGCUGGGCCCCCACAGUGAAGACUUAAAGGUCAACACGGAGCUGUCUGUACCACUUCUGGGAAUCACUGUUGAUGAACCGAGGGGAAGAUGCUAAUGAAGUUCCCUUCCUGAAUGGGGUCUGGCUCCUAGUCUAUAUGUACGCUAUGUUGAUGUUGCCAGCAAAUGGAUCCUAAUAUAUUUGUAUUCAUUAGAGCAUUAUUGAAUGAUUACUUUUUUCUCUGGAAAUUCUACUGAAAGUGAUGUAAAAGAUUUAUAAUUGUUCUUUUAAUUUUUUUCUUUUAUGUAAUAAAACAAACAGUUAUAGUUUA